AUGCUCCACGCGCUCAAAACAUCCUGGUUGCGGCGUCAAAAGCGAAGCGAGGGCAGUGUGGAAGGCGAAACCACCCCCUCCCCCGACUCCACUGGGGCGGUGCGGCCACAGCCCUACGUUGUAUCCUUUAAACUCGAAACAGAUGAGGCGGAGAUGCGGGUGAAGUCGGUGAAGAACCUACAUAAGUACCAAAGCGAUGCGGUGGUGGGUAACUUGCUGCAUAACUACCGAGAAAAGGUAUGGAUAUACACCCACGACGGGGACGAUCACCACCCGCUCUGCGUGGAGAAAUCUCCAGGGAAGACAAUCGAGUCCUAUCUCUGUGAUUUCUUUAUAGCCAAGGCGCUUGAGAACUGA